AUGGCUAUGUCAAAAAGUCGCAAUCGAACGGGACUGUCUAGUCGAAAGGUUCGUCAGCUAGGCUCUAAGCGUGAUCAGAGUGGUCACCGUGUGGCCACUAACGCAGUGUAUGGGCCUAGGGCUCUGUCACAGCGAGCAACAAGCUCGCAGGUCCGCAGAAAAGAACGUCUACAAGCGAUGACCACAGAACAACACCAGGCCUUGGAAGCCUUGGCCGAGUGGCCAGAUGACACAGAUGAUGUCAUGUACGACGCAGGGCAAGACAUGUCACCCGACGUCGACGGGAUCCUGCGAGGAGAGCGGCGAGUGGACAUAGGAAUCAUCGAGGAUCUUGCUCACGAAAUCAUGGGAGAUUUCUGGCAACCCAGCAUUACAUCAAAAGGCAACACACGGCGAAUCGACCACCGCACACGGCGUGAUCGAAUACAGCGACGGGUGGAUGCAUUCAAUAUGCAGCUACCAGCUAUCACAAACGCCUUUCUGGCGUGGAGUCUGGACCAUGCGCUAAGUGGGAAGAGGAGCUUUUUUGAUCAAAGGUGCGUGCCAGAAGUGGAGGCUAACUCAGGUUUCUGGACAGGUAAAGUCAUUGACGUAUUCCUCGCUGAGAACACAACUCUCACAAUCAGGACGACGGACACAUUUAUUGCAUCUGCCCUUGUCCGGCAUGGUGUCAUCCCGUGUUCGCCCAUUUCGCCUUCUGUCGCUGUCACUGUUGAUGCACUCGAGCUAUACCGUGUUGCUCAUCUUCGGAACCCUCACUUUUCGAUGCAGGCGUUCAGCAAAACGAUUUGUGAUUUACAUGGGGUCGAGUAUCACCGCUACCUUUCACGCCAGCUCACGAUCGCAUUUGACCUCUACAUGCUAAUACGCCGUUCUGUAGACACCUUAGUGGCUGAAGCCCUCAAUCGUAAUUCUCCGGAUUGGCGCCUCAAACACGCCUGUCCCUCAUGUACCUAUACUCUCAAGGAUGAGGCACCCCUCACGUUCACUCUGCUAUUUGCUAUGGACGGCAACGAUUCUCUGAAGCGCAUCCUUCGGCGCACACUCGGUAUAGACGACAAUGACAUUGGAGAGUCAUCUGAACUGCUCACUACACAGCACGUCCAAGGAGAUCGCUAUCUCUCGCGCGAGUACGUCAAUCAGUGGAAGAAAGCAGGCGUUGGUGACUCAGAGGCAACGCUCGAUGCAGACUCGCCAGAAAACCCUUGCGCAGCCAGGUGGAACAACAUGGACGACGAGAAGACAAAGAGGGCGUGGGGGGUAUAUGACGAGACAGGAAUCUUCACAGCAGUGUGCCGCCACGGCUUCAGCCUCUUACUUGCUGAUAUGGUGCAGAGUGGGGAGUUGGCCAAAUAUCCCCUCGCUGUUGUCGCGAAGCUAAUAGACACCUUUGGUGAUGGUCUUGGCGGCGGAUACGACAUAGGGUGUCAGUUCAGGACAACCCUCGAUAACAGCCCUUUAGGUCCCCGCGCACGUUCCUUCCAUUAUACGUCUCUUGUGGGAGCAUUCCAUGGGCAUGCUCAUCGCCGACUUUGCCAGCUCGAUCACCUCGCAAGAUACGUUCCAGGUCUGGGGCUCGAGGACUUAGAGACGUGCGAACGCACGUUCUCGAAGUCUAAUGCUUUAGCACCUACGACACGUUAUACAAGCAUCUUUCACCGCCAACAAGCUAUUGCAAGCUACUUUGAAUACAACAAUGACUACAAGGUAUACGCAAAUUUAUCCGAUUUUUUGUACAACAACUACAAACAGGCCCUCAACAUCAUCAGUGACAGUCACGUCACACUCGCAAAGCUAAUGCACGAUCUCAACAUAACGCACGAGUCCGUCUUCGAGGACUGGCUGACUGAAGAGAAGACUUACCUACAGGGUCUUCGUACUGAGCCCGAGGAUGAAACGCUGCAGAUGGAGUACUGGCAGAAACUAAUUAAUCUUAGUGCGAGCAAGGAUGAGCUUGAUGCCUCGAGUUCGGUAUGGGCUGUGGCUACACCCGCUACUGCACUCGGCCUCGCAUCCGACGAGAGUGCUACAAGGCGGGUUGAAACAGCUCGACGACACGCCCUAGAGAACUACGAGAAGGACCUACGAUUUGUGCAAGAGCUCGAACGCAAACUCGGUGUCACAUGCCGCUGGACACCAGAGGAUCCAGACUGGCAAAGUGCGGGGCGUCUAGUUGCCAACCGCAAGUACCAGCGCGCACUCGACACAUUGGAAGGUCUAGUCGUCGCGCGCAUAUUCGAGCUGACGAAGAUGAACAGGUCUGGGACUGGAUAUAAAAUGCGAAAGCACAUUGCGAAGGCCCUGCAAGCACGUUCUGCGGCCAUCAGGACAGCACUCGAUCGCUACAAUACAGCGGCACGUUCAUUGUCCCCCCCACGCCAAACUCUCAAAUGGGAGGAGGUUGUCGAGUACGCCUUUCUCGCCGACUUCGAUCUCCUCCGCGACUCGCGUGAUGAUGUUUCACAACGUCCCUGGGCAUCGCCAUCCGCACGUCAAGCAACCGACCUUUAUUUCAAGACUUGCCAUGCAAGAGAAGAAAUCACGCGGCUAAACGUUGAAGUGCGCCGCCUGGCCACAUACUUGCGUGACGAGGAGCAUUACCUCUGCGAGUGCCAACGACAGGCAGAGGUCCUCCAGCCAGUACUCGCCCACCAAAUCAAACUUCGGCGCCAAGUUCGCAGCCGGUUCAACUCACGUCACCUCCAGCGUCUACAGGAUAUUGCCAAUCUGCCAGGAUUUUCCGGUACUCUUGCCCCUGGAGUUUGUACCUCCAACGGCGCUGGAGACAGCUCAAGUACACCGAACAUUACUAUCCCCGCCCAACUGACCCAUGCUCUCUCUAGCAGUGGUACCUCCACUAACAACCCAUCUACUCACUCCAUCAGUGCACCGGAGGCUGAAGAAGAUUUUGAAGAGGAGGAGGACGACGUCAGCAAUAUGGAGGAGGCUUCUGAAGUGUUUGACGAGGUGCUGCGCAUUGCUACAGACUCUUAG